AUAAUUUAAACCCCCCGGAACAAUAGUAUGCAAUUUAGGGUUUGAAUUCUGGAGGCCAUUUUGAAUUUCAGAAGUCGCAGAAAUCACAUCAGCGCCAUGAAGAUUAAGAAGAGGAAAUUAAGUAUGGUGACAUAUAAGAGCUAAAAAUGAAACCGGAAAACGAGAGAAAGCUGUGGCGGAACUGGAUGUUUCUAAAACAGGAACUCCCAGUUCUGGAAAUAACGGAGCAAAUGAUAGAAGCUGGGAUACUUACGGAGGACAACAAAAAGGACAUUGUCAAUGUAAAGCCGAACACCAAACUAUUGAAGGCAGAGAAGUUUCUGAAUAUUCUAUUGGAAACGGGUGAUAGGGGAUAUGAAAAAUUCUGCCAGAUUCUUAGUAAAGAGUCUUCUGGAAGAUUUGAGGAAAUUAACGAGAAAAUGGAAAUUGCUGAAAUGCCAAAGCCAGUUCAAGAAGAUCCAACUGCAGAUGAAGGUACUCCGCAUCAGAGUUUGAAUGAAGAUCCAUUAAAAGUUCCUCCCAUGACACAGAACAAUGUGGACAACAGAAGCAGGAAUUCGUCCUUCGUUUCACGCGCUGAUACUAAUGUAUCCAAUAUGCCGUCUGCUCCUGAUCCCCUGCAGGCCGCUGCAUCCGUGCAGGCUGCAGCAGCAGCCAUGGCAAACGUCGCCGUGAACGACUCUGGUGUAGAUAUGAAAACUCUAGAAACUGAAUUAGUGCGGAUUGCACCGACUAUUGCUGACCUCUUUCAAAAAAUCGUUCACACUACAAACCAAUCUUCUGGUAAUCCAUCAUGGGAUGAACUGCAAAGAGUAAAAGCAGACAAUGAGAGGCUGCGAAAAACUAAUCGAGCCCUCAUUGAAAAACUGAACACUUUCCAAAAACAGAUCAUUCAACUUCAACUUGAGAACAAAAAACUUCGUGAUAGUGGAGUCUGCGAGACUGAGACUAAGGCAGAGCUGGAUAGGAAAGCCGAGGAACUGAACGAAUUGAAGCGAAAAUUGGAGCAUCAACAGCAAGAACUGAUAGAGAAGGACCAGGAGUUGAACGAACAACUCGAAAAGAUCAGGGCAAUCGAGGAUGAGAAUGAAAAACAGAAAGUACAGAUUUUAAAACUUGAAGUGCUUCACGAUGAAGGUGUUAGCGAAAGAAAUCGUCACCAGAUUCAAAUUACAGAGCUCCGAGAAGAAAGGGAGAAACAGAGAUAUAAGAUAGAUCACCUGGAGGUAAUCCAGAAAAUGGACGAGGAGCGCCUAGAGCGUCUGGAAGCACGUCUUCGAAUUUUAGAGCAGAUAGCCCCUGUCACUAAUCGGGGGUCCAUCUAUGGGACAUCCCGUCAUAGAAGCACAAGAGUUGUCUCCCCACCGCGCUCCAUGCCUUGGAUGAGUGGAGUCGUGAAUCGUUCACACCACGCCAACGUCAAGUUCACGCCACCUCCUCCUCGAGGUGGAAAAGCGCAAGAAAAAGGAUGGUCAUUUUGAGAUUUUGAUUUAAAGAAAGGCCAAACAAACGUAACAAACGACAACAAGUAAUCAAUAUCUUGUGUUUGUUUAUGAAUGAGUGCGAAUUACGAAAAAAAAAACUGCCUCUAUAUAUACAUAUCAUUUUAAGCUUCAACUAUAAACUCGGGGCAGCAAAAUGGAUUUUACAACCAUUGACAUUUUUAAAAACCAUUGCUUCUCAUUGACCUGUUUAAAUUCUUGUAUCUCCCAUUUGCACGUCUCCAAGAUCACAAAGUAUCAUUUUUGGAACCGUGUUGAAUAAAUUGAAGGCAUAGGAGCUUGAAGGUUAUUUCAAAGACAACUACAGUGAUCAUUGUCACGAAGGUUCUUUAUCAUGUUGUAUCGUAUAUUGAUAUUAAAUAAAACAUUUAAUAAAAUGUCA